CACUCAUCAUCUUCAUCCCACAAACAGCUUUCAUUCUUCAAGUCAAGAAAAAAAUGGCAAACAAGCAAUUCAUCACCAUCAUCGCAAUCCUCCUCCCACUGACCUUCCUAGCGGCAGCCGCCACCGCCCAUGGCGAAGACAAAACCGCCACCGUGGUUGUGGAAGGAAUGGUGUAUUGCCAGAGUUGUAAAUACUUCGGAUCAUGGUCUCUCACUGGAGCUGAACCAAUCUCAGCGGCCAAAGUCAGUGUUAUCUGCAAAAACCACAGGAAAAGAGUGAGUUACUAUAACACAUUUGAGACCGAUAAAAGUGGCUACUUUCAUGCUGAACUCAAAGAUUUCAAGAUGACACAUUACUUAUUGGACCAUCCUCUCCAUUCUUGUCAUGUGAAACUGGUCUCAUCUCCGCUCCAAACCUGCAACCUUUUGUCGAAUGUCAACAAUGGCAUCAAUGGCUCUCCUCUGAGAUUUGAGAACAAGGUGUUUUAUGGAAAGAACUAUGAAGCAGUUGUGUAUGCAGCUGGACCACUGGCUUUCCGUCCUACUAAUUGCGAUCCAGAAACCACUCCCUAAACUUAAUAUCGUUUUUAAAUGUUUGAUUUCAUGACUACAGUCACUUUUUGUAUUCGAGUUAAUCUUGUUAUGUUAUCUUUAACGAACUAAAAUGGUUCUUUGCUUAUUACUCUUUUUUUCAUAAGAAAUGAAAGUGAAAGUUAACUGAAGGGA